AAGAUUCAUAUAAAAAUGAAGAAAUCAACAAGCAUUACUCACUACUUCAAAAUGAAAGUGUUCAUCCUGUUGGCUUUGGCGACCAUCGCUUACGCAAAUGUGGAGCCGUUGAGCGGCAACACAGCGUAUGGCUACAUCCAGAAUUAUGCCAUCCCCUUAGCCGAGAAGAUUCGUCAACAGGAAGAGCAGAUGAUGCAAGAAAGGAUUGUUGGCGGGCUUCCAUCAGCGUCUGGUCAAUUCCCUUACCAGGCUGGCCUCCUCGCUAGCUACCAGGGCAUCUCUGGUACUGGUAUUUGCGGAGGUUCUCUGAUCUCUGCUAACAGAGUAGUAACAGCGGCCCACUGCUGGUUCGACGGUGUCAACCAGGCUUGGCUGUUCAAUGUCGUCCUUGGUUCCACCACUCUUUUCUCUGGAGGCACCAGAUUAGCUACCAGCGUGGUUGCAACUCACCCUAACUGGAACCCUUUUCUCGUCCGAAACGACAUCGCUGUCAUUUACCUACCCCAGCAAGUCGCAACAUCUGCGACCAUUGCCCCGAUUGCCCUGCCAUCUGGAAAUGAAGUUAACGAAAACUUCGCCGGUGAAACUGCUGUUGCCUCUGGUUACGGUUUGACCGAAUCUCAAAUCGGUGGACCACUCCCGCCCAACCAGGUUUUGAGCCACGUCAGUCUGAGUAUAAUCACCAACAACGUUUGCUCAUUUGCUUUCCCGCUCAUUCUGCAAGACAGCAACAUCUGCACUAGCGGUCUUGGUGGCAGCAGCACCUGCCAAGGAGACUCUGGUGGUCCUCUGGCCAUAAUUAGAAAUAACCGACCAGUUCUGGUUGGUGUCACCUCCUUCGGCUCAGCUCUCGGAUGCACAGCUGGUCUUCCCGCUGCCUUCGCCCGUGUCACAUCUUACCUUAGCUUCCUCUCUCAACACUUGUAAAUUCUCAAAUAAAAUUCCUACACAAUCUACCUGCA